CAUCUUUUCACUCUACCGUUUUCCGCGUCGGACAGAACAGCCAACUCAUUCCCCGGCGACUUCUUUUCCACAAGAAAAAGGAGCAUAAAACUCAGUUCGAUAGCACCAGUCCAGUAUCCUUUGACCAGAGUCUCAACGAACCAGAAAAGCACAGUUAUGUCAAUGAGAGAAGAACUCGAGAUACGCCAAAGACGUUGUUCGAGAUGAGUAGGAAGGAAUAGUUCCAUCCCGUAAUGUGUACUGAUGCAUACAGCAGUGUUGCAAUGCAUGAGUACGAGCUCUCCUUCCAUGUCAGUCGAGAAAGCUUGAUGUCGCCAACAUGGGUAAGUGGCAGAAGAUCAUAAGCGGAUGAGAGGGCCAUGACGAUGUGUAGAUUUCAAAGCACAUUUUGAUCUGAAGUCAUGUUUAAAGUCCAGAGGGGUUAGUAGAUAACAGUGCACUAUUGCACGCCAUUUCUCUACAGCUAAAUCUAUCCAUCGAGUUGCUUUCCUACGCCUCACAACUUCUGAAUAUCAUCCCGAGUGCCACUCUCCUUGGCCCCAACAUGGCAACACCAUCAAACAACUCACGAUAGACUCAGUCGUAGCCCCCAUUAACAAUGGCGGCUCCAUCAACACCGGCAGCCACAACCGACGCAACAUCAAGGCAAUUUCUCACCAACGUAGAGGUACCAGACUGGUACACCGACUCCUUCAUUUUCAGCGCCCACCGCCCCGUCACUCAUUCCGUCAAGUUCAGUCAUUUGCUUCACAAUCUCUUCUCUGUACCACACUUUGCUCUGCCACUCGCGUUCUUACCACGAUCUAUGGCUGCAGACGGUCUAUUGGUCAAUAAUUGCCGGUUUAUCGGUUGUCACAGGAUUCAUCUUGGUGAAUCCGUAUCUUCACAGUCACCGAGAUAUCGGAUUUUGAGAACCAUGAGCUUCGUAGUCACUGGUUUCUCGGCCCUUGCUCCAAUAACUCACGCUGCUGUCAUCUUCCCAUAUCACCAACUUGAUAAGCAGGCUGGGUUGAGACACUACUACAUCGAGGAAGGUAUCGUCCUGAUCGGCGUUGUGUUCUACAUCACUCGUUUCCCGGAAAGAUGGAAGCCCGGAAUAUUUGAUUUCUAGGGGGCAUCGCAUCAGAUAUUCCAUAUUUUGAUUGGCCUCUCCGCUGUGGCGGUGCAUUUAUAUGGAAUUAGGAGCGCGUUUAGAUGGAAUUAUGAGAACCCCCAGAUGCCCAGCAGAAACUUCACUGUAGUGAAGAAGGUAACACUAAGUAGUUAAGGUACCUAUAAUCCCAGCAUUUCUCAAACACCA